AUGACGUUGUUGAUAAUCUAUUGCAUUGUCGCGUUUAUUCCCAACGAGCUGGAAGCAGUGAAGCUGGAGAGAAACUGGAAAACCAAACCUCUGGACGAGACACAUGUCAGUAUCAAUGUGAGUCAGCCUGGUCUGCCAUUUUACCAGAUUCUCAAUAAGAUCGGGGAAGAUGUCUACAUCGGAAGCAACGAAACACUCUUCAAACUUUCACUUGAAAACAACAAAGUGACAACAACAAAAUGUACUAUCAGUUUGUCGUGCCAUCCAUUGAAUACAAAUUAUUCCUACCUAGCUGUGGUUCCUCUCCAACAGGAUACUCAUGCAGCGACAGCUAUGUUUAACAGUGAUAGUGGGGAUAUACUCUAUGGUGGGAGUAGAGCGGUAAACACAUUCAACAAAUAUUCUGUACAAGCAGAUUUAAGUACUGGCAACCCCAUCAAGUUUGAGCUGGAUACAGUCACUACUGGAGAGGGGUUUAUCAAGGAACCAACCUUUGUGGGGAGACCGUUUGAGUACACACACGCUGAUGGCAACGAGUAUGUGUUUCUAUUGUACCGUGAAGUUGCACUGGAGUACACCGCUGGAUACAAAGUGUACUCACGCAUUGCAAGAGUGUGCAAGAAUGAUACAGGAGACAGUAUGAACACAUACAAGUUCGUUACCUUCAUCAAGGCUUCGUUGGAAUGCUCCGUACCCAAUGGAGACGAGCCGGCAUUCCAAUAUAAUUAUAUGCAGGAUGUUGUUUGGGACCAAAGUAGUGGGAAAAUAUACGCAGUUUUCACAAUCCAAGAAAAUGGACCUCCGACGUCAGCUCUCUGCAGUUACAGAAUGGAAGAUAUCAUGAAUCUGUUCGAUAACGGUAAUUUCUUGAUACAGAGUGGGGGCAGUGGUACCAACGCCGUGUGGAAUGAAGGGUUUCAGCUGUUUAACCCAAGGCCCGGAACGUGUCAAGAAGUUCACACCACUGACUAUCCUCCGCUGCUGCACAAGUCGGUGCCCAGCUAUAACGCCUUGGAACGAACUGGAGGAACUCAAGUUGCACCACCGGCCAAUUUUCCCACAUCAGAUCCGCCCAUAUUUAACGUAGACGAUGUUCGUUUUACCAGCCUAGCUGUCGAUUUUGACAACUAUAUUUACUACAUUGGUACAACAACUGGAACGGUGAUGAAAGUUCUCAAGGAAAAUUGCAGCGACCCUCAACACGAGACAUUUUCAGUGUUUGAAGUAAACCUGGGAACACGAAAUCCAAUCACAGGGCUAGAGUUCCUGACUAAUGAUACCAGCAAACACCUCGUGGUGACAACAGAAGAGAAUGUCAUCACUUUGCCCCUGAACACCAACUGCACGCUCGGAAGUGUCGAGAUGUGUCUUGCCACACAGUCUGCGUUCGACCCCAGUACAUUCAAAUGGUAA